AUGGAAGCUAGUUUCCAAUCCGCCAUCGACGCCGGCAAGAUCCACGGCGCUGUUAUCUGUGCCACUGAUGCCGAAGGCCACUUUGUCUACAACAAGGCGAUCGGAGAGCGCACUCUACUCUCAGGCCAAAAGCAGCCACAGCAGCUCGACGACGUGCUGUACCUAGCUUCAGCCACGAAAUUGAUCACAACCAUCGCCGCCCUACAGUGCGUCGAAGACGGCCUACUAAGUCUAGAUGGCGACCUAUCAUCCAUCGCCCCAGAACUCGCUGCAAAGCAAGUUCUCACUGGCUUUGCCGACGAUGGAAGCCCUCAGCUCGACCCACCAGCCCGCCCCAUCACCCUCAGGAUGCUGCUUACGCACAGCUCCGGCACCUCCUACCACUUCCUGAACCCGCCUAUCGCCAAGUGGCGCGCGCAGUUUGGGAACCCUGAGAAUGACGACCCCCGCCUCGUCGAGGAGAUGUUCACUUACCCGCUCAGCUUCCAGCCCGGUGCCGGCUGGAUGUACGGGCCCGGUCUUGACUGGGCUGGCCGCGUGGUGGAGCGUGUCACGGGCGGCUCGCUGAUAGACUUCAUGCAGAAGCGUAUCUUCGACCCGCUCGGUAUCAACGAUGCUCAGUUCUAUCCCGCUACCCGUGAGGACCUGCGCGCCCGUCUCGUCGAUCUCAAUCCCAGUGACCCCGGUGCUGUUGGUAGUGCCGUGCUCGGCGGUGGCGGCGAGAUGAACCUGCGGGGCCGUGGUGCCUUUGGUGGUCAUGGGCUGUUCUUACCUGGCUCGGAUUUUGUUAAGGUUCUGCGCUCGCUGCUAGCUAAUGAUGGCAAGUUGCUCACGCCUGCUGUCGUCGACAAUAUGUUUCAGCAACACCUUGGCCCCGAGGCGGCGGCAAGCCACCAAGCUGCGCUUGCUAGUCCUCUUGGACCCUAUUUCCGCGUUGGAACAGACCCGGAACUGAAGGUUGGCUAUGGCCUUGGCGGUUUGCUGACGCUUGAGGAUGUUGACGGCUGGUAUGGCGAGCGGACGUUGACUUGGGGUGGUGGUUUGACUCUCACUUGGUUCAUUGAUCGGAAGAAUAACCUCUGUGGUGUCGGUGCCAUCCAGGCUGCGCUGCCGGUCGAUGGAGAGUUGGUGGCUGAGCUAAAGCAAACAUUCCGCCAUGAUAUUUACCGCAUAUAUAACGCGUGGAAGAGCCAGCAGUAG